AUGAAAAUCUCAACUCUCUUCACACUGGUGGCUGGAGCCUCGGCUUCGGUCUCUCAGACGAAACCUCGCGACCAUGACGCCUACAAGGCCACCGCCUGCUUCACCGUUGCCCAGAAUUACAACUUUGGCAUCGAGGCUAACUACUACGAGUCGCAAUACGCAUUCUUCCACGAGUUUUGCAACACUAAGCCCUUCUUACAGUCCGUGCUGCUGUGCAUGGACAAGGCUUACAACGGCAACAUGAAGAAGCUGCAAAAACAGUUCAAGGAACGUGUGCUGGUCAUGUGCAAGUUUGUGGGCGAGCCACGACCCGACAAGCAGCAGGUUCUCGAACUCCUUACCUCCGCCAAGGACUCACAGCCGGUUCAGAUUCCUGAGCCAGCCUCCCAGGACCCUAAGGCUCCCCCUUCACCUCUGUACACCAAACCCGUGAUUGUGGACGAGGAGACCUAUGAGGGCACACUCGCCACCACUAACAUCUCCGAACUUGCCUCUGACAAGGGUCUGUGGCUUGCAUCAGGUCUUCUGGGCUACUGGGCUCUCAUUCUUCUCUUUGGUACAAUCUCCCAUAUGUUCCGAAAGCUGUUCUUCCCUGUUCUUCUGAAGAUGACUGGUUUGCACAUCAACACCUUGCGGCGUAACGUGACCAUGUCGGCUCUUUUUGGCCACAAGCACGCCCAGGGUUGGCUGGCUGGUUGUCUUCCUACUCGAGUGCAAUCUCUCACCGUCGUUGGAUACUGGUGUCUAAUCUUCAUCUUCCCCUGUGUUGGAUACAAGUUCGAGACCCCUACAGAGGGGAACUCACACACCGCUCAGCUCAGAUCUUACCUUGCCGUAAGGCUCGGAAUCAUGGCUGUAUCCCAGACUCCUCUCAUCUUUCUGUUUGCUGGAAGAAACAACUUUCUCAUGUGGCUAACUGGCUGGUCUUUCGACACCUUCAACGUAUACCACCGAUGGAUUGGUCGAGGCAUGGUCGCUCUAGCUAUCUCUCAUGGUGUCACAUUCACUGUUGCUGUUGGAGAUUCUCUUCCUGCUGCUUACAAGCGGCAUUGGUUCUACUGUGGAGUCAUGGCUGUCAUCAGUGCGUCGUUCAUGAUUCUUUUUGCCAUCUCUGCUAUCCGCCACAGAUUUUACGAAGUCUUCCUCAUCAUCCAUCUCUGUCUCGCCAUUGUCUUUGUCUAUGCCAUCUACAAUCAUACCGAGUUCGUCGGCUACCAUGAGUUCAUCUAUGCCGUUAUUGCAGUAUGGUCUUUUGAUCGAGCUGCUCGAAUCGCCCGAAUCUUCUACUCUGGCAUCAACUCUCGAGCGAAGAUUACGGUCGUCGACACAAAUGAGCGAAUCAUGCGUUUGGAAAUCCGACAUUCUGGCAGAUGGACCCCUAAGCCUGGUCAGUACAUCUUCCUGUAUGUGCUGAGCAACCGAAAAUUUUGGGAGUCGCAUCCAUUCACUGUCUUUCAGUCUCCUCAGGCCGAGAAGGACGGAUCCAUCACCCUGAUGGUCAAGGCUCAGAAGGGAAUGACCGAAACUCUCUACAAGCGUACUCUGGAGGCUGGUACUCUGGACACCCGUGUUCUUGUGGAGGGUCCAUAUGGCUCUAAGAUGCCUGUGGACAAGUACGACUCGUCCAUUCUCAUUGCUGGAGGUAUUGGUGUCACAGCUAUUUACCUGUGUGCCUCCUCGCUGCUCAAGUCUUCUGCCAAGAGCAUCACUGUUUGCUGGGUUCUCCGGUCCGACCAGGCUCUCGAAUACUUUUCCCCAGAGCUCGAUUACCUUCUCAACGACCCUCGAGUCCGAGUGGAAAUCUACUUCUCUACCCAGAAGCAGCAGCUCGAGACUUCACCCUCCUCCAGUAUCAGUGAUAGUGAGAGUAUGGUGGACAAUGGAGUUGUGACCGAGAAAGAUGGAGUUGUCGAGCGAGCGAAGACUCGCUCCCGUCUCUCUUCAGCCGCCACAGCUACCAACCGUCUACACAUUUCCUACGGUUACCGACCAGAUAUGCUCACCCAUGUCCCCAACAGUGUGGCUUCUCAGGGAGGCUCCACCGCUAUUGUCGUCUGUGGCCCUCCUGCCUUUUCUGAUGACGUUCGACUGGCCGUCAGAGACAACUUGAACUCCACCACCGAGCGAGUUGACUACUUUGAGGAGGCUUUCUCUUGGUAG